CUAGCCUCACAAAGAAAGUGGCCCCCAUGAAUUCGCUAAGAAAGUUUCUGCUGGUCACUCUAGUAGCAGCCAUGGCAGCACCAGCAAGUGCUCAAGCCAAACCAGGUUGCCAAGACAGCUGUGGCAACCUUAGCAUCCCAUAUCCAUUUGGCACAAAGCCGGGCUGCUACUACAACCGUGCAUUUCUCAUAACUUGUAACGACACUACCAAUCCUCCCAAGCCUUUCCUAACAAAAAGUCGUAUUGCUGUCACCAACAUUUCACUCCAUGGUCAGCUGCAAAUCUUGCAGUCUACAGCCUAUAACUGCUACGAGCAGUCAGGUAGACAGGCCUCAUAUAACCUACACUGGCUCAGGUUGUCCAAAUUCAGGAUUUCUAGUACCCGAAACAAGUUCACAGCAAUUGGUUGUGACACUUACGCGACCAUUCGUGGUUACCUAGGAGAGAAUGAAUACGCGAGUGGUUGCAUGUCCAUAUGUGACAGCAUAGACUAUGUCACCAAUGGGUCCUGCUCUGGAAUUGGUUGUUGCCAAACAUCGAUCCCAAAAGGAGUAAGAUAUUAUGAAGUGACAUUGGAAAGCUACAACAAUCAUACAAGAGUGUGGAAUUUCAGCCGAUGCAGUUUUGCCUUUGUUGUUGAAGAGGAUAAGUUCAACUUUUCCUCAAACUAUCUUAGCGAUUUAAAGAAUGUAGAAAAGCUUCCAGUGGUGGUUGAUUGGUCAAUCGGAAAUGAGACAUGUGAAGUUGCUAGAAACUCCUCUGGAUAUGCAUGUAAAGAUAAUAGCAACUGUUAUGAAGUUGAUUAUGACGCUGGGUACCGUUGCAAUUGCUCCGAGGGUUACCGUGGAAACCCUUAUCUCCCUAAUGGUUGCCAAGAUAUAGAUGAAUGUAAUGAUCCAACAGUACUCAAUCCGUGUGAAAAGAAAUGUGAGAAUACAGCCGGGAGUUACAAGUGUUCUUGUCCCAAGUGGUACAAGGGAGACGGCAUAAAAAAUGGCACUGGCUGCACUGUUGAUCAACUAUUGGUAAUUAAGAUUGCUCUAGGUACUGCAAUAAGUGUUAUAGUUCUACUUGUGGGUUUCACUUUGCUGUAUUUGGGACUCAAGAAAAGAAAGCUCAUUAUGCUCAAAGAGAAGUUCUUUCAGCAAAAUGGUGGUCUAAUGUUGCAACAACAACUCUCUAGACAGAAAGGGUCUACCGAAACAGCAAAAAUUUUCACAGCAGAGGAGCUCAAAAAGGCCACUGACAACUACAGUGAUGACAAGAUUGUUGGACGAGGAGGUUAUGGUACAGUUUUCAAAGGAACUUUAAUAGAUAACAGGGUAGUUGCCAUCAAAAAAUCCAAAAUAGUGAAUCAAAGCCAAAUACAACAAUUCAUCAAUGAGGUGAUUGUACUAUCCCAAAUCAAUCACAGAAACGUGGUCAAGCUCUUGGGUUGUUGUUUGGAGACAGAAGUUCCUUUAUUAGUUUAUGAGUUCAUCACGAAUGGAACUCUCCAUGACCACAUACAUAAUGAAAGUAAGACGGCUCCACUUUCCUGGAAAACUCGUCUAAGGAUUGCUGCAGAAACUGCUGGAGUUCUCUCUUAUUUGCAUUCUGCAGCUUCGGUUCCUAUCAUCCAUAGAGAUGUCAAGCCAACAAACAUACUCUUGGAUGAAAAUUACACUGCAAAAGUGUCCGACUUUGGAGCAUCGAGAUUAGUGCCCCUUGAUCAAAUGCAGCUAUCCACAUUGGUGCAAGGAACUCUUGGAUACUUAGACCCUGAGUACUUGCAGACAAGUCAAUUGACGGAGAAAAGCGAUGUUUACAGCUUUGGGGUUGUCCUUGUAGAGUUGCUAACGGGAAGGAAGGCAAUCUCCUUUGACAGGCCAGAGGAGGAGAAAAACCUAGCUAUUUAUUUUCUUUCUGCGUUGAAAGAAGAUCGCUUGUUUGAAGUUCUUCAGCGCAGGAUAGUUCAGGAGGGAAAUACUGAGCAACUCAAAGAGGUUGCUGUUCUUGCAAAGAAGUGUUUACGAGUAAAUGGGGAAGAAAGACCUAGUAUGAAAGAAGUAGCAAUGGAACUGGAGGGACUAAGAGUAAUGGAGCAGCAUCCAUGGGUUAACAGUGAAUUGAAUUCGGAAGAGACUGAGUGCCUACUAGGAGACACAUCAAACACUUUCGGAAUUGAAAGUACCGGUAACACAACAGGUGCAUAUGAUAGCACUAGGGAGCAUAUUGUUCUGCCAUUAGAUGGUGGGAGGUGAUUGUUUUGCCAUUUGUGCAUAUGCAUCUUCAUUGAAGGUGUGUACUGCGACUGUGCCCUAUCCUAUGACUGGAGUGCCUAGUGAUGUCCUAAUUUGCUAUAUGAUCAGCAUCUAUACCUGUUGUGCAUGAAAGAUGUGUAGCUAAUUGCGUAGUUAUCUGCUUGCAAUGACUUCUAAAAUUUGAUUUUCAGUCUUUUUUCUUUA